AGAUUUUAAAGCUUUACCCUUCUGGCAUUUGAACAGUGGCCUGCAUGCAUGAUAUCAUUGGGUAGGCAGUACCAUUCUAAAAGCAGAAGUGGAACCGGUAUCAGUUUUUUCCCAGCAGGAGACAAUAUAUAUAGUUACUCUAGCCAGAAGUAGUGUUCCGCUUGGAAAGGAAUCAACCUCACGUCCCUUGACCAUUGAAGACGACGAAGUUCAGGAUGCAGCAGAAAGGAUCAGAAGAAGAUGGCUCCAAACAACUGAGCACAUCCAGCCCCAAACGGUCCAGAAGUAGAAAGCGCUUUCAACUUGGUAGAGCCAUCAGCACCAGGUUUGGUGGGAAUUCGAGUAUCGGCAGCGGAUCCUGGGGAACUGCCGGAAUGAAGCGGUCCAACUCCAAAAAGAGCGUCGUGUCCUGGGAUGCCUCUGCUGUCUCGUUGGAAGAGUUUCCUCCUGUUCCAAAUCAGCCACGACAACAGGCUACUCACAAUGGCGACGACGAUGAUGCCUCCUCGUAUCUCUCGGACGAAGAAAACAGCGAAGGAUUGUAUGCCCCCGAGCAGUCCUCCCGAAAGACCACCGAUGAAGAAUCCAAGGAUCGAAGUGGUUCUGAUCGAAAAGCAAUGGAAGGCUAUAAACCCAGUAGGAUCAUCUUUGGGAUCGUGGCCAUCUUGGUUGUCACUGCCAUUGUCCUGGGUUCCUUGCUCUAUACCAUGGCAGACAACCAUGAUACUGAUGCCUACGAAGCGGCGUUUCAAAAUGCCGCCAUUGACCUCAUUGAUGCCUGCGUCGAACAAUCCGCAAGCUUGGCCAGUAUCCUGCAUAGCAUCAGCAUCACCAUGACCCUUUCCGCAGGACGGGAUGCUCCUUGGCCACUCUAUACCAUGAACAAUCUGGCCGUCGUGGCAGAAGACUUUCUAGCCUUUGAUCCAUCCGUGCAACUGGUAUACUCUCCCAUCGUACAUGACGGCGACAACAACAAUUCACAACGGGCCGCAUGGCAGCACUACAGCGUGGCACACCAAAACCAAGUCAUUACUCCCACUUACCCGUACCAGAUUACGGAAUACAUUUACAGUCGCUACAAUUUCACCGGAAACGUUCUCUUUCCCGAUCAAGAAGGCACGGGACCCUAUUCUCCCGUAUGGCAAGUCCAUCCAUUGCCCAACGACUACGAGAGCAUUCGACUCGUCAAUUUCAACAUGCUCAGUGACCCCAAAAUGGCCAAACUACUGCAAGCCGCACAAGAAGGCAAAACACACAUCUUUAGCGAGUUGGGAGACGACAAGGAACUCUUUGGCAUUGUUCAAACGGGUAGUGACGUGUACAAGGAACAACGGCCGCAAAGUCUCUUUGUGGAGCAAGUUCAUGAUCAUUUGGUCGUCGUGGGUGGGAACGAGUCAAAGGUCGUGGGGCAUGUCUUUGCCACGGUACCCUGGGAUUUGUACUUUGAAAAUGUCAUUUUGCCCGAUAAUACCGACACCAGUGUCUAUUGCGUCAUUCAAAACUCGUGCGGGCCGACCGCCUAUACCUACCAGGUGGACCACACGGGAGUCACGUAUGUGGGCAAGGGAGAUCUGCACAGUGGCCAACACGAACAUCCCAAUCAACAAGUCGAGUUGUUUCACUAUGGGGCGACUUCCGACGAGAAUGGAGAUCCAUGGCAGUGUCAUUUGGAAUUGGCAAUCUACCCCACCGCGGAAAUGCAAUGGAGUUUUGAUACUGGCACUCCCGUCUAUUACUUUAUGAUUGUGGCAAUUGUCUUUGUCCUCAUUGGAGUGGCAGUGGCAUCGCACCAUCGAAUCUCCGAAGCCAACAAACGAGAAAUGCACUUGAAAUCGCAACGCUCCAAGGCAAUCAUAGCUUCCUUGUUUCCCGACCAAAUUCGUGAGAAACUGUUUGACUUGGAGGGAGAAGUGUGUAUGGACAAGAUGCGACUUUUGAACCGAGAUGCCGCCAAGUCCAUCCGAUUGGAUCAUAAUCCCUUGCGGUCCUCACUGCUCAUUUGGGGAGGCGAGGAGGAUGACCCGGAAAGUCAACAAAAUGUUGCCGCCGAGCUCUAUCUGGAAUGCACCGUCUGCAUCUCGGAAAUUUGUGGUUUUACCGCUUGGAGUUCCAGUCGUCAGCCCAAAGAAGUCUUCACGUUGCUAGAGACUAUCUUUAGGGCGUUUGAUAAGAUUGCCAAGAACCGGGGAGCGUUCAAGGCGGAAACUGUAGGAGAUCAGUACGUGGCCGUGGCGGGGUUGCCAAAGGCCAGAGAGGACCACGCAAUCGUGAUGGCUAGGUUUGCUAGAGAUGCAAUGGAAACGUUCAUUGAACACAUCAAAAUGCUCGAAGUGUCGCUGGGACCAGAUACAUCGGAAUUAGGGAUUCGCUUCGGACUGCACAGUGGUCCAAUCACAGCCGGUGUACUUCGAGGUGAACGGGCAAGGUUCCAGCUGUUUGGGGAUACAGUAAUUGCAUGCCGAGCAAUCGAGUCUAACGGUGGUAAGGACAGGAUCCAUAUCAGUAAAGAAACCGCUGAACUGAUCAAAGCUGGUGGCAUGAACACGUGGGUAAAGCCUCGCCAUCAAAGAAAAGGACGCAAGGAAGCCAAGGAAACGUACUGGUUGCUACCAAAGGGUCCAGGAAGACGGUUCGCUACUGUAGCGGUAAACUCAAUUGCUACAAGCGCGGAACUCGCCGAAGAAUCAGCUCCUGAAAGAAGGGAUUCCACAUUUUCUACUGUUUCCAAGCGAGAAUCUUCAGAGUAUUUGAAGCCUGCAGCCAGGAGGCAGGACCACACCAAGGAAGACAGAUUGGAGCGACUAAUCUUUUGGAACUCGGAAUCGCUGUUGCUUGUCCUCCGCCAAAUUGUAGCACGACGAAACGCAAGCGCUAACACAAGUGAUUCUAGCAUGACUCACCCAGAGGUCCUCACUGGAUUGGAAGAAGAUUUUGUGGACAACAAAGUUGUAGUGAAGGAGAUUCGCGAGGUGAUUGAACUCCCCAGAUACAACGCUGUGAACCAAGUUGACCCUUCGACGGUGGACCUCGGAGAAAGGGCCGAGUCUCAGCUCCGUGAUUACGUUACUCUGAUCGCUUCCUUCUACCGAAACAACCCAUUCCACAACUUCCAACAUGCUAGCCACGUCACACAGUCGACCAAGAAGCUUCUGAGCCGUAUUGUCGCACCGAAGCUCGAAAUGGAGGACGGGGACAUGGAUGCGAAGAUUCAUGACUACACGUAUGGCAUCACCAGCGACCCGCUGACACAAUUUGCAGCCUUGCUAUCAGCAUUGAUUCAUGAUGUUGACCACCGUGGGGUAUCGAAUGGCCGGUUGGCCGUAGAACAGAAGGCAAUGGCCACUAUGUUCGAUCACAAGAGCAUUGCAGAACAGAAUUCACUUGACAUUGCUUGGGAAAGUCUUAUGGAUCCUCGCUUCCGUGACCUCCGAAACUGCAUCUACACAAACGAGGCUGAAUUGAGACGUUUCCGUGCCUUGCUAGUCAACUGUGUGAUGAGCACAGACAUCUUUGACAAGGAGCUCUCCGCUCUGAGGAAAGCAAGGUGGGAUAAAGCAUUUCAAAUCCCGGAUGACUUGGCCAACCGAGAGGACAUCAACCGAAAGGCAACAAUUGUGAUUGAGCAUCUGAUUCAAGCAUCCGAUGUGUCGCACUGUAUGCAACACUGGCUUGUCUACACCAAGUGGAAUGAGCGGCUUUUUCAUGAGCUGUACUUGGCGUACACAGAGGGCCGCAUGGAUAGUGAUCCAUCGGACGGCUGGUAUAAGGGCGAGAUUUGGUUUUUCGACAAUUAUGUGAUUCCACUAACCAAGAAGCUGCGAAAUUGUGGUGUGUUUGGUGUUUCGAGUGAUGAGUAUCUCAACUAUGCGCUUACCAAUCGAGCCGAAUGGGAGGCCAGGGGUGAAGAGAUUGUCAAGGGGAUGGUUCAGAAAUACAGCAAGCAGUACCGUGAAAAGGGGGGCAAGAGCGCGAGCAGCGAUGACAUGGAGCAGGAGGAGGAAGAGGCUGGUGGAGUGGAAAUGGUGGAAGUGGAGAAUGUGGAAGAGCCGUCUGAAUACUUUGAAGAUGAAGGAGACGAGUUGGUGGUGGAAGAAAGCAGUGAGGGUGACAAGACUUCAAACACUCAAAAAACUACUUCGACCCAAAGGACGACUGUUUCGACUAUAGAAUGCUAAAUAGAUUGCUACUUUUAUUGGAGUUACACUGCUC